UUAAUCGCGAUUCCCGAUGACAUUCCGUUCGGACGACCGACCGUCUCGUGGUAGCGCUGUUCGUUUUAUAGGUGCGCGCGUGAACGGUAGCACGGUAACUAUUCGCGAAUCGACUACCUACCCAACGAUAUUACAUAUCCAGGAUGGAUGGAAGGUCGGUGCUUCCGCAGAUUCUCCCAACUGCGAUACUCGUUAUUUUCCUGUCACUCGGAACAACGGAGCUGGUUUAUGCAGCUUCCGAGGACUCGACAUGCCGAAGGAACGACCGAGAUCGUUGCUCCGCGAACAAGAUGGAAACCUUUGAUCAGUACACGGAUUGGAGAAACGCCGGCUCGAUGCACGAGUUCACCGCGAAGGAUAUACGCGGCGACGACGUAUCUCUUUCGAUCUACAAAGGGUUUGUUUGCAUUGUUGUUAACGUCGCGAGUCAGUGUGGACUUACAGACAGCAACUACGCCCAGCUCGAAGAACUUUACGAAAAGUAUCGCGAUACACACAAGCUCAAGAUAUUAGCCUUCCCCUGCGACCAGUUCAACGGCCAGGAGCCUGGAUCGUCCACGGAUAUAAUGAAUUUUGCGAGAACGUAUAAUGUGCAGUUCGACAUGUUUGAAAAGAUCAAAGUUAACGGGCCUGACGCCCAUCCGCUGUGGAAAUGGAUGAAGGAAAGACAGGGUGGGUUUUUGGGAAACGCGAUCAAGUGGAAUUUCACGAAAUUUAUUGUCGACAAAGAUGGCCAGCCCGUCGAUCGUUUUUCACCGACCACUCCGCCCAAUGACCUGGAGGCAACUCUUACGGAAUACCUUUAACCGCGCUUGUAUGCACAGGGUAUUAUAAAUCAUGUAUAAUUGAUACCUAAAAAUGGUGUGUUGUAUGUACACCAUACUUAGUAGAUUCGGUUCGGGCGCAACCUGCAGGUUUUAUACCGUUCGCCCGGAAACUAACAAUUUACCUUGAAAUAUAAUUUCAAACUAUGCAGCGUAUUAUUGAAAGGAGUUCGUUUACAUUUUUGCUGACGGGGAAUGGGGAUCCUGUCGAAUCAUCUAAAAUAGAAUUAAUUAAAACUUUCACGCGUAUUUCAUUUGAUUUCAAUUGGCACGUUUCAUGCGUAUGUAUAUACAAUUAUCAGUUUUUAUAUUACAAAACCUCGCAUCGACGCUUGCAUUAUAUCGUAUGGAUAAUGUAUGUAUAGGUGCUAAACUUAGGUAUAUUUAUAUAACAUGUAUAACGUAUAUUGUAUCGAGAGUCACAACUGUGUAAUAAUUAUUACGAACGUCGACGAUUUGUCCCGUCGAACCGCCGAUCGGACAAUAAAUAAAUGGUGGUUGAUAUAUAAUUCAACAACUGGACGCAAAUUCUUGCGAAGAGGGGCGGGGAGAA